AUGUUUUUUGUUAAGGAUCUUUCGCUGAAUAUCACCCUUCAUCCGUCGUUUUUUGGUCCCCGUAUGAAGGAUUACUUGAAAACCAAGCUUUUGCAAGAAGUUGAGGGAUCGUGUACCGGUAAAUUUGGCUAUAUCCUUUGUGUUUUGGAUUAUGAUACGAUUGACAUUGAACGUGGUAGAAUUUUGCCUACGGAUGGAUCUGCGGAUUUCACCGUUAGAUACAGAGCCGUGGUUUUCAAGCCUUUCAAAGGUGAAGUAGUCGAUGGGGUUGUUGUUUCUUGUUCACAACACGGGUUUGAAGUGCAGGUGGGUCCAAUGAAGGUUUUUGUCACCAAACAUCUGAUGCCGCAGGACUUGGUGUUUAACGCCGGCUCGAAUCCGCCAUCUUAUCAGAGCUCCGAGGAUGUCAUCACGAUCAAGAGUAGGAUUCGGGUCAAAAUCGAGGGUUGUAUCAGUCAGGUGAGCUCGAUCCACGCGAUCGGCAGUAUCAAAGAAGAUUAUCUGGGCGCUAUAUGA